UCGUGUUUACGGAAAUUGAAAGGCUUAUCAAUGGACGAAUCGUGACAAAUGGACCUUCCCUCUUCGAAUUAAAAUUUAGUUUCAGGGCAUUUUUGGGCCAAUUUAUCAGUAUACGUUUGUAGAUAGAAACCGUCGCCAUCAUGUGGGACCAUGAGAUCCGCGCCAUGGGGUCGUGCCACGCCAUCCUCGCCGCCUCGGUCCUCCUGGCCACGGUGCUGCCCGCGGUUCUCGUCCCGGGGUUCUCGGUGUACGGGACUCACCUGGUCUGGAUCUACUCCGUGUCCGCAGCGGUCACCGGGGUCAGCGCCGCCGUAUUCUGGCUCCUCGGGGUCACACCUCCAGCCAAGAAGCACACGGUCGGAUACAAGCUGUCCCGGUUGUUUCGCUCGUGUCUCUACUUCUUCCUUUCGUGCCUCUUCUUCCACACUGUGCUGGUUCUCUAUGGAGCGCCCCUGAUUGAUUCUGCAUUAGAAACCUUCUCCCUCUCUGUGUUGCUGACGUCUCUGACCACUCUGAGAUGCCUCUGUGUUCUUGGUCCAAAUAUUCAGGCCUGGAUAAGAGUCUUCAGUCGACAUGGGGCUAUGUCAGUUUGGGACACCUGUCUGCAGAUCACUGUGGCCUGCACGUUGGUGGGAGCCUGGUUUGGAGCAUUUCCAAUUCCACUGGACUGGGACAGGCCUUGGCAGGUUUGGCCUGUGUCCUGCAGCUUUGGCGCCACCUUUGGUUUUCUGACGGGACUGUUCGCUGCCCCCACCUGGAUCCACUACCAUCGAAAGCAGCUCACUUACAAAUGCAAGUGACGCAAAGAGUUUUAGACAUUUUCUAAGUUUUGUUCAUUUUUACUAAUUAUUUAUUGGGACACUGAUGACUGAUUGCUUCUGCUGGGAAAGGGAAAUACUGGGUUAUUUUGUAUUGGGAUCAAAUAUUGUAGGACUAAAUCUGUUGUUGAAAAUAUUCUGUAAAUUUUAAUAAAAUGCUUCUUUUGUUAA